GACCAAUCAAACACUUAUUGACCAAUAAAGCACUUAGAUCCAACGAGUGCACUCCUGGCGGUAGCGGUGGUGAUGGGGGACAGUUUCAAGAAAGAAAAAGAUUAACAGGUCAUGUCUGUUGAGUGUACAUAAUACACGUGUAGUAGGCUACUAAGGGGAGGAUGUCCUAAACUACCGGGGAGACGCCCAUGCUCAAGCUCACGCUCACUCACACUACUUAUCAACUGUCUGUCCUGACAAGACUGAGACAUCAGAUGUCCGCGGGAAAUAUGGAACUUGAGGGAAAAAGAAAAAUGAAGGAGCAAUGUGCCCUGAGGAAGGACAUCAUCAAAGAGUUCCUGGCAGAAUUUCUGGGGAUAUUCGUAUUAAUACUCUUUGGAUGUGGCUCGGUGGCCCAGACAGUGCUGAGUAAGGGAGCUCUGGGAGAACCCCUGACCAUCCACAUCGGCUUCACUCUGGGGGUGAUGAUGGCCGUCUACGUGGCUGGGGGAGUGUCAGGGGCCCAUGUGAACCCAGCAGUCUCCCUGGCCAUGGUGGUCCUGGGCAAGCUGCCUAUAAAGAAGUUCCCUGUCUACGUGGCAGCACAGUUCCUGGGUGCCUUCGCUGGAUCUUGUGCUGUCUAUGGGUUGUAUUACGAUGCCUUAAUGGAACACACAGGAGGAGUUAUGCAAGUUACUGGCAUCAAUGCCACAGCUAAUAUAUGGGCAUCCUACCCUGCCAAGCACGUCUCAGUCCUUGGAGGAUUCGUAGACCAGGUGAUAGGAACAGCUGCCUUGAUCCUGUGCAUUCUGGCCAUUAUUGAUGGGAAGAACAUUGGAGCUCCUAAAGGGAUGGAGCCACUGUGCAUUGGCCUGAUCAUCAUGGCCAUCGGCGUGUCCAUGGGACUCAACUGUGGCUAUCCCAUCAACCCUGCUAGAGACCUGGGCCCAAGGCUCUUCACUGCUGUGGCCGGAUGGGGCAUGGAGGUGUUCCGUGCUGGAGGCUGCUGGUGGUGGAUCCCAGUAGCGGGGCCCAUGGUGGGAGGAGUGGUGGGAGCCGCCAUUUACUUCCUGUUCAUCGAGCUGCACCAUGCCGAGCCUGAGAAACAGGGGGAGAACAACGUCAAGGACAAAUACGAGAUGGUCACCCUGAGUUAGACAAAGUGGCCAUGAGCACCAAUGGUACUGAGGCUUGGCAGCUUCCUACCCCUUUAACCCUCAACAGGCUAAACAUGUUAUUAACAACAUAGAAAAUAGCCAGUAACAGUUUCUGUGAUGGAAGGAAGGAAGUGUGUAUAUUUUUUUGUUAUUGAGCUAGUUUAAUGGUAUGCUCUCUGGAGUGUCUUCCAUCUUCUGCUUCACUUCAUCCAUCUAUUUGUUACAGUUAUGUGAAUCGCUCAGCCUGCUGCAACACACAGCCUCAUCACUGCAUGUGUGCUAUAGCUAACACUCAUCUAUGUAUUUGUGCUUUGAAAUGCUCUUUUUUCCUAGCUUUUAUUUUUAGAGUGCAGAAAAAACAGACAAUGUGUGUGAAAUGAGCCUCCCACCGUUCUGUGUGUACUCUCUCUCUCUUGUUGAGCACAGAACUGUGUAUCGUGACACGGCAUCACUUCUAAAUGAUUUUUAUCUGACUUUUAUUUCCUCUUAUAUAACGUUCCUGCUGUCAUGUGCACACAUUUUCAUAGAAGUAUGAGUAGAGAAGCCUAGUAUCUACAGUACCUAGCAUGAGUAUGGAAGCCUAGUAUUUACAGUACCUAGCAUGAGUUGGGAAGCCUAGUAUCUACAGUACCUAGCAUGAGUAGGGAAGCCUAGCAUCUACAGUACCUAGCAUGAGUAGGGAAGCCUAGCAUCUACAGUACCUAGCAUGAGUAGGGAAGCCUAGUAUCUACAGUACCUAGCAUGAGUAGGGAAGCCUAGCAUCUACAGUACCUAGCAUGGACAUGUUUUAAUAAACAAUAUACUGUAUGAAGAGUCCAAUGAGAGAUAGUUUACCCCACUGGCCAAUGGCCAUAUGGGAAUGUAUAAAAAUGAUUUGUUUAUCGUAAUCAUUACGUUAUUCCUCCAAUGAUGUGACUAGGAUUUAACCACUGUGGAACUCCUACACUAUGACUAAUAGUGAACUGGACAAUAAAAGAAUAACAUCAGUACAACUUCCAAGAAUAGAGCCCUCAGACAAAAACACUCAAAUGAACCAAGUCCUUCCAUCCUAGUGAUGUUAUUUAGCCAUGGGUGGGCAGAGGAACAGGGCUGGGCAGAGGAACACUAGUUCCCUAUUCCCAGAAGAGCCUUCAACAAUGAAACACAUAGCAUGUUAUAACCUGUAUGUGGCUUACUACUGAACCAGAUAUAAUUCGUAGGGGAAAAUGUAGCUCUUUAGAAAUGAUUUUCUCUAUUAUUUUACACCUUUGUUACUUAGUGGUUUAGUUGCUGUAGUUCUUUUGUAGUUCUUUUGUAGUUCUUUUUUGUUUAAAGAAAUUGCUACAUGUACUUUGGAUGACUACAUGACGCUAGCUUGAUUCUCCUGAGAUUCAACCUUUGGAUGACUACAUGAUGCUAGCUUGAUUCUCCUGAGAUUCAACCUUUGGAUGACUACAUGAUGCUAGCUUGAUUCUCCUGAGAUUCAACCUUUGGAUGACUACAUGACGCUAGCUUGAUUCUCCUGAGAUUCAACCAUUGGAUGACUACAUGAUGCUAGCUUGAUUCUCCUGAGAUUCAACCUUUGGAUGACUACAUGAUGCUAGCUUGAUUCUCCUGAGAUUCAACCUUUGGAUGACUACAUGAUGCUAGCUUGAUUCUCCUGAGAUUCAACCUUUGGAUGACUACAUGAUGCUAGCUUGAUUCACCUGAGAUUCAACCUUUGGAUGACUACAUGAUGCUAGCUUGAUUCUCCUGAGAUUCAACCUUUGGAUGACUACAUGAUGCUAGCUUGAUUCUCCUGAGAUUCAACCUUUGGAUGACUACAUGAUGCUAGCUUGAUUCUCCUGAGAUUCAACCUUUGGAUGACUACAUGAUGCUAGCUUGAUUCUCCUGAGAUUCAACCUUUGGAUGACUACAUGAUGCUAGCUUGAUUCUCCUGAGAUUCAACCUUUGGAUGACUACAUGAUGCUAGCUUGAUUCUCCUGAGAUUCAACCUUUGGAUGACUACAUGAUGCUAGCUUGAUUCUCCUGAGAUUCAACCUUUGGAGGAGUACAAUGUUUUAUGGCUGUUGUUUUUCUGUUGCUUCACUUGACUUAAAAAAAUGAUAAAAGGCACUUUUACUCACACAAUUUUUCUCAGAUGCUAUUUGAUAAAAGUUACUUAUUUGUGAAGGUCAUUUUGUAAUU